AAUCCACGUUGUACAAAACUGCAGCGUCUCCACCGUGUUGUUCAUCCAACCCAUUUUGUUCGUAGUGCUAAAAACAGCUCAGUCAUCCGGGCCGCUUGGGGUCGCCAAUGCUUCGUCUCGCUGCUUUGGUCGUACAACAAGGUCGGCAUGCUAAGAAGCACAUUUACUGUUUUAGCUUCGUUGACUGCUUUAACGUUUUAAUACAGAUCCGCUCUAGUGUGAAGUCCUCAUGAGGUGAUGCUGCAUGUGUUGCGCUAUCCUCUGCAGAGGAGUCUCAUCUCUCUGCAAUGGACGUGUCUGCGCUCCCUGUACUCCACCAAGCCUCAGUCCCUUCAGGGCGAGGACCCCACAGACACCCGCCUGAACCCCCUGAACAUUCAGAUGCUGUCAAGGAAUCUCCACAAGCAGAUCUUUCGAGGGGUGGAACCAGAGUACAGAGAGGACGAUGUGGAGCGCAGCAUCAAGCACCUGCAGAAACACCAGCUGUGGGGGAAAGAAACUUCACUGUUGCCCGAUGUGGAGCUGAAGCUUCCCAAGAUGUAUGGCAAAAAUAUUGAUGAGCACUUUCGUAUCUUGGCCCAGAAUCAGAGUCUACCUUACCUUGAGGCUGCUUCCAAGCUGCAUAUGGCUGAGCUUCCUCCCAUGCCACAGGAAUGGAGCUGGAGUAUUGGCUGGACACGCUAUGGCCCCGAUGGGGAGAGUCAGAAGGUUGAUUUCCCGGAUGAGUCUGUGCUGGUGUUUGAUGUGGAGGUGUGCAUGACGGAGGGACAGUGUCCCACACUGGCUGUUGCUGUGUCUCCCACUAACUGGUACUCCUGGUGCAGUAAGCGUCUGAUUGAAGAGCGCUACACCUGGUCAAACCAGCUGACCCUAGCUGACCUCAUCCCACUGGAGACCAGUAUCAACUCUACCCGCCCGCCAGGCGGCCAGUGGAAGAAGAGUCUCAUUGUGGGUCAUAAUGUCAGUUUUGAUCGCUCUUACAUUAAGGAGCAAUACUUACUGAAGGGUUCUAAGGUACGCUUCAUGGACACUAUGAGCCUUCACAUGGCCAUUUCUGGGUUGACUGGGUUCCAGCGGACACUGUGGAUGGCCAGUAAGACGGGGAAAAGGAGGGGUCUACAGGAGGUCAAAGAACACAUGAAGAAAACUGGACAGAAAAAAGAGGGCCCCAUGAUUGGCUCCUGGGACUGGGUGAAUAUUAGCAGCAUUAAUAACCUGGCUGAUGUCCAUGCUCUGUAUGUGGGAGGGCCACCACUGAAGAAAGAAUCUAGAGAUAUCUUUGUGAAGGGCAGUAUGAUGGACGUCAGGAACAACUUCCAGGAGUUAAUGCAGUACUGCGCUAUGGAUGUUCAGGCCACACAUCAAGUCUUCACAGAACAGCUACCCCUUUUCUUGGAGAGGUGUCCUCAUCCAGUGACGUUUGCUGGCAUGCUGGAGAUGGGCGUGAGCUACCUUCCUGUCAAUAAAAACUGGGGGCGUUACCUGGAAGACUCUCAGGACAUUUACGAAGAGCUCCAGAGAGAGAUGAAGAAGUCUCUGAUGACUCUUGCUGACGAUGCCUGCCAGCUGCUGCAGGACGACAGAUACAAAGAAGACCCCUGGCUUUGGGAUUUUGAGUGGGAUGUGCAGGAGUUCAAGCUGAAGAAAGUACCAACCAGCAAACAGAAGAAUUCCAAAAAAGCAGCUGAAACUGAAGUUGCUACUCCUAUUCCAGACUACGAGCAAGACCCAGGACCACCCUCUGAGGAGGAGAUGGCAAGCCCUUGUCCCAGCAGGCUGGCUCUGGAGAAGCUGAAAGAAACAGUGGAUCGGCUUCCUAAAAGAAGGCAACAUCUUCCUGGACAUCCAGGGUGGUAUCGUAAGCUCUGUGAGAAGAUGGCUGCGGAGGACAGCUGGUCACCUGGAGCCAGCCUCAUCAGUCUACAGAUGAGAGUGACUCCUAAGCUGAUGGGUCUGACAUGGGAUGGUUUCCCCCUGCAUUAUACAGAGAAACACGGGUGGGGCUACUUGGUACCUGGACGUAGGGAUAACCUGGUACCUCAGGAGGAAAACACAGGGCCUGUGUGCCCACACAGAGCUAUUGAGAGAGUUUACAAAGAGUAUUGUGAGCAGAACAGCAAAGAAAAGCCUGAAUAUCUGGACAGCGACCUUUCAGAAGACCUCUUGUGGACAGACAGCACAGUGUGGACAAAGGUGGAAGAGUUGGGUUCCUUUGAAAGUCUGACAGAGGAAAAUGGAGUCAGAAUGAUAAAAAAUGGCGUGAAGAAAAAAGUGUCCAACGAUCCACAUUACAUCCCAGAAGAGGCGCAGUGCUAUUAUUACCAUGGAAACGGCCCCUACAAUGAUGUAGAUAUCCCAGGAUGCUGGUUUUUCAAAUUGCCCCAUAAGGAUGGUAAUCACAACAAUGUUGGCAGUCCCUUUUCAAAAGACUUCCUGGCUAAGAUGGAGGAUGGUACUCUCAGGGCAGGACGGGGUGGAACCAACGCUACAAGAGCGCUGGAGAUCAACAAAAUGAUGUCCUUCUGGAGGAAUGCCCAUAAGCGUAUAAGCUCUCAGAUGGUGCUGUGGCUGCGAAAGGGAGAACUUCCUCAUAUUGUCAUCAGACACAAAGCAUUCAAUGAUGAGGGUCAGUAUGGGGCCAUAAUACCUCAGGUCGUCACAGCUGGAACGGUAACACGUAGGGCUGUGGAGCCAACGUGGCUGACUGCUAGUAAUGCCCGGCGGGACCGGGUAGGCAGUGAGCUGAAGGCAAUGGUGCAGGUACCACCUGGAUAUCACCUUGUGGGAGCAGACGUAGACUCUCAAGAGUUGUGGAUCGCUGCUGUACUCGGAGAUGCUCACUUUGCUGGCAUGCACGGUUGUACAGCGUUUGGCUGGAUGACUCUUCAGGGAAAGAAGAGUCAGGGCACUGACCUGCACAGCCGCACUGCUGACACUGUGGGCAUCAGCCGAGAGCACGCCAAGGUGUUCAACUAUGGACGCAUUUAUGGUGCUGGACAACCCUUUGCUGAGAGACUGCUAAUGCAGUUCAACCACCGCCUCAGUCAGACUGAAGCUUCUAAUAAGGCCAAGCAGAUGUACGCCUUAACAAAGGGCAUACGCAGAUACCAUCUGACAGAGGAAGGCAAGUGGCUGCUCAGUGAACUGAAUGUAGAGGUGGAGACGGCGGAGGAUGGAAGUGUCACCCUGAAGGAGCUGCGGAGGAUCUCUAGACUGGUUUCACAGAGCACUAAGCGGAAGAGGUGGAGCAUAGUCGACAAACGUCUGUGGGCUGGAGGUACAGAGUCGGACAUGUUCAACAAGCUGGAGAGCAUUGCUCAUUCAGCCGAGACAGCUACUCCUGUUCUAGGCUGCAGGAUUAGCAGAGCACUGGAGCCCAAGGCAGUCAAGGAUGAGUUUAUCACGAGCAGAGUGAACUGGGUGGUCCAGAGCUCUGCAGUGGACUACCUACAUCUGAUUUUGGUUGCCAUGAAGUGGCUCUGUGAGGAGCAUGACAUCGACGGCCGUUUCUGCAUCAGCAUCCACGACGAGGUGCGGUACCUCGUCUGCAGCAAAGACCGUUACCGAGCAUCGCUGGCACUUCAGAUCACAAACCUGCUUACGAGGAGUAUGUUCUCUUAUGCAUUGGGCAUGCAGGACCUUCCCCAGUCAGUAGCUUUCUUCAGUUCAGUUGACAUUGACCAGUGUCUGCGGAAGGAGGUCAACAUGGACUGCGUGACCCCCUCCAACCCCACAGGUCUGGAACGAAGAUAUGGCCUACCACCUGGCGAGGCCUUGGACAUCUACCAAAUCCUCGACAUCACUAAAGGCUCUCUGAACAAAGGAAAAUAGCACUUUGUGGGCCAAGAUGACAACUGUCAAGAGGCCAUUUGGCAGCUUGUCAAGUUCAGAUCAGUGAGGAAGUCUUCAUUCACUGCUUCCUCUUCUUCUGUUUGGGUUCUUGGGUUUCCUCUGCUUUCUGCGAGUCUGUGGCCUGAAAGGAAGAAGAAACAACCACUGAGAUCUCACCCAGCAGAAGUCUACUGAAUUAGAGACUGUUCAAGGGAAUUAAAACACUUCAAUGCAGAAAAUUCAAAACGUCACACAUGGGAAAACCUUUCAGCAGUUAGCUCAAUCUGCACAGUAAAAAAAACUAUAACAGCUUUGAGUCACGUAAUCAAGUAAAGAGGGAGAAAGAUAAAAACUGCACUGUGAAGACAGGAAAGACAGUGAGGACUUUUGGAGAUGCCAUUUACAGUAUGAGAUUGCACUUACCUCCUGAGUUUCAUCGUGCUCCUGCAGGGCUGCGUCCAGAGUAGCAGUGUUGAUGCGGAAAUCUCUUGAGGUGCUCAACUUCAUGUACUGCAUCAGAUUUACCUGGACAAACACAGAUGUUGGUGAAGCACUGUAUGUGACCGGCCCAACAGCACUGACAGAGUUCUGCUCUUUAUGUAUUUAGAGAAUCACAUUUUGUCCACUAACUCGAGCCAUCCAGUGCACACAUACCUUUGAUUUCUUUGAGAGAGUGAUGAGGUAUUUCUCAUACUGCUCGAUGCUGAAGAUUAAGUUAGGGAUGGCCUUUGUUUCACGCAGAAGUUUUGUCUACCAAGAAGAAAAAUCUUGAUGAACAGAUGGAUUCUUUCAAAACCGUUCCAGCAAGUUUUUAGUUGUACAGUGUACCUAUACAUUUUUAUUGAAGAUAAACAGAAAAUGGAAAUUCUUGUUACAAAUCAAUUACAUAAUUAGGAGAUAAAUGUCCUUACAGAGGCAGCAGUGUUCACUUCAUUCCUUUUCUUUUUCUUCUUGUCAUCUGCACCUCCAACGCUGAAUUCUCCACUCUAAUAGAGAAAACACAAACAUUUUCAAAACACUCCCUCCUGAAGCAGAAAAGCUCAAACAGCACAGUCAUAAUUGGAGAUUAUAAUUUGUUUGAAAACACUGAAAAGUGUUGGCAGGGACUAGUUUAUAAAACUGGAGUGUUGGAGGUUGUACCUGUGCAUAUGUGAUGAAAGAGUAGCACUGUGGUGUUAGGUGGGAGCCGGACAGUUUGACCUGCACAGAAAACACUAGAUUAGCGUUGACCUCAUAAGUACUAGAAGAUACAAACAUAGAAACAAUACAUUAGACUCACCAGCUUCUCAAAGCGUGCUGGCAGUGCCCCGUGCUGGCUGGAACACACCUGGAUGUACUAAAAGUGACACAUUGAAAAGAAAUCAUCACACGAGAUCAACUUCACAAACUCUGCCUUCAUACUGCGAUCAUAGAGUGGACAAAUACGCACAUAUUUGACCAGAGUAGUGAGGAUGCUGUAUGUGCGAGUCAGCUCUCUGAGCAGUGUUAUGGUACAAGUGCCAGGCAGCAGGGCCGUCUGGACCAGCUCAUUUAAUGCUGUCAAAAGAGUCCCAAGCUGCAGUGUCACAGCUUUUUCAAUUGGAUCCUGCUGGCCUGCAGUCUGGGUGGCCUCACCUUACAGGAACAUAACAUCACAGAAGUUUUAGUACCGUCCCCUGACAGAGAUGCAUCUCCUCCCUUGUCCCCUCUCAACUGUUACCAUUAAUCCAAUGGGGCAUCGGUAUGAAAAUGGUUCUUACCGGAGCCCGAUUUGUCAGCGACUGUCUGGCUUUUCUUUCUGGCAAUCAGCCAGUCCACUUCAUCAAGCACUCUGUCAACCUGAGACAGGACCAGCAGCUGUGGCAAGAGAUUAAAAAUGAUGACGAAGAUGGUGAGCACACUGCGCAAAAUGGGGUGUCACAGCAAAUCAGAAGCUUCCAGUUGAAAAACCAACUAUAAAAAAAACUAACAACCAACACUCACUGCUGCUGUGGUCGAGGUCUUCGUGUUGACAGUGGCAAAGUGGGACUGUUUUUCUACGUCCACGUCCUGAUCAUACAGAAAGAAAACGAAGAUUAAAAAAACAAGUGGCAUAAUUAGUACUUAGAAAGGAAGGCCAAAUGAUUACUGUUGGAAUAAAUCAGUCAUGUGUUGAUCAGCUGGCAUUGUAAUUGGAUAAAUAAAUGUUCUAACAUGGUCAGUAGCAACUAAUCUUUAAUACAGCGAGAAUUUGGGAUGACAUGAGACAAUGAUCAAAAGUUGGAUUUCAACUAUGGACAAAAGAGUUUUCAAUGCAGGUUCAUAAUUUUGUAAUGUCAAAAAACAAAAAAUGAGAUAUACAAUAACACAAACUGUAAAUAGCUGUGUGUCCCAAAUGCCAUAAUAAACUCUCUAUAAAGUUCUUGUAUCAACUGCUA